CUCCUGGACUUCCGGGGGCGCCGUCCUGAAGACACAGCAGGACGCCGCACGUCCGGGAGCCGAGCGCCCGCGCACCAGAGGCCACCCCCUGGCGAAUGGGUUGUACUCUUGCGAGCUGCCGAGGGGAGGAGGAGGAGGAGGAGGAGGAGGAGGAGGAGGAGGAGGAAGAGGAGGAGGAGGAGGAGGAGGGCGAGCGGCGGGGUGCCAGCGGGCCGGCGGCCCGCGAAGGCCCGGGCUCGGCAUCCGCUAGGAAGGUGCCACGCGCCUCGGAGGGCUCGUGCUACACAGCGUUUCGCCAGGGCAGGCGCAGCAUGUGGCCAGCCGCGCGCGGAACACCUAGAGAGGAGAGGCGGAUGGAGGGGGAACGCUGGUGGGGGGGAGGUUUCGGGUCCGAGAUCCGAUGUGUGCUGCUCCCAUCGUGCUUUUAUAAGCCACGUGCAACAAAUCCUGUGGUUCCAGGGACUGCUGAGCCAGAUCGACAUUCUGAAAACACAGGUGCGCUCUAAACGUUUUUUGCUGAGACAUCAGACGUGCACGCUAAACGUUUUUGUCUCAGCCAUCGGAAGUGCACGCUAAACGCUGCACAACCGCGCAUAGAGUGCACCCCUCCUACGACGUGCACUCUGUACGACCCCCGAAUAGCGUGCACAUCAAAGUCACCACGUGCACGUUGUAUGUGGCGUUUUGACCGUAGCGCACCGCGGCGUCGGCAAACUAGGCAGCUCGCUGACCCACGGCAGGGCGCGCGCGCACCCGGAGCUGCCGCGGACUCUGACGCCGGAGAGCCCCUGACAAAUUUCACGGGCGAGACCGAGGCAAGCUGAUCCUCAUGACUACGAGAGAUCCGCGUCCAGCUUCAGCGGAGCCAAGCCUUCUUCCUUUCUCCGCAUCUCCUCCACGAUGCCCGUGUCAGUCAACUGCUUGUCGCCCCUCCGGCUGAAGUAGAAGAAACUCGGGUGGACGCCGUA